CCGCGGAUCGGGCGCCAGCAGCCAGGCUCGUUUCUCCUCGUUUCACGGCAUUUGCCAGACGCCAGACUCCGUUCAGUCAGUCCGUUCAUUCCGUGGCGAUCCGCGAGCGAACUAGCGGAGCAGUACCUACCAGUCGAGAUUGUUGACUUCGACAGCGGGUCCUGUCGCCGUCGCACGAUAAACCGUCUGGCGAAGCGUCGUCGCCUCGAAGCGCAAAUGCUUUAAGUGGAACAAUUUUACGAGCGAGCCGUCACGAAAAAAACUCAGCCCGACCCGACGUCAAACUCGAAACGCUUGCCUAACCGCCGUUCGUCGGACGACUCGUGCGUUGAAUCCCAGUGGCUGUAAAGUGUAAAGUUGAGCUAGAAGGUUACCACCGCAUCCCCUCGUUACUUCCGUCGGCACGAGUCUGAAACUUGCCCCGUGCUCCAGUUUGGCACGUGAAUUGGAAUAAUCGUUGUUGUUAGAUUCUCCGACAGCCAAUCUUGGAAGCAUGGCAAAAUGGGGCGAGGGCGAUCCACGCUGGAUCGUGGAGGAAAGGCCUGACGCAACCAAUGUUAAUAAUUGGCAUUGGACGGAGAAGAAUGCCUGUGCGUGGUCGCAGGAAAAAUUGAAGGAACUGUUUGUAAAUUCAAAAAUCGAGGGAGAAGGAGUGUUAUGUAAAAUAACAGAAAUGGAAAAAUGUGAAGGUGAGGCAGUAGCAAAUAACAGAAAAGGGAAACUUAUUGUAUUUUAUGAAUGGAAUAUCGUUCUUAAGUGGGUAUCAAAUGGAAAAUCCACCGAGAACAUUGAGGGUAAAAUUAAUAUUCCCAAUCUCUCUGAAGAAAAUGAUAUCAGCGAGGUAGAUGUUGAAAUUACACUAAAAGAUAGUACGGAUGAAGGGGAAAAAGUUAAACAAUUCUUACAUACUAAAGGUAAAGAUGCAAUAAGAGAAAAAUUGAAGAAAUAUGUAUCUUCCUUAAAAGAAGAAUUUACGAAAGGAAUGAUACUUCCCAAAAAAGAUAAUGUGAAGGAAAAUAUUUCGAAUAUAACAUCUGGUUUUAAUGUCAAGAUGCAAAUGAAUGCCGCAGUGACCCCAACGAACAAUAAUAAAACGAUGGGUAAAAUCUCAACCACUACGAUUAAGCAAAAUAUAAAGUUCCAAUGCAGAGCGGAAGAGUUUUACAAUGUUCUCUCUUCGGUCAAGAUGGUAGAAGCCUUCACGAAGAACCCGGUAAAACUAGAAGCGAAGAAGAAUGGUGAAUUCGAGCUUUUCAGCGGCAAUAUUCAUGGCGAAUUCAUAGAGAUUACACCAACAAAGAUUAUUCAAAAGUGGCGUUGUAAACAAUGGCCGUCCGAACAUUUCAGCGAAGUAACGAUCGAUAUUUGUGAGAAGAACGAUCAUACUGAGGUCAAUUUAACGCAGAGUGGUGUCCCAACGAGCGAGGAGCUCUCUACGAAGGAGAAUUGGGACAGGUAUUACUGGGACGCCAUAAAACGGACCUUCGGCUUCGGAUACUUCAUUGCUAAAGAAAGCUCAACUCGAAAUCCGCGAAGCGAAGCGGAUCCGACAGGUAGGGAGGGACCCGGCGGGACUUGCGAUGCACCGUACAUAUCGACGAGAGAUACCUGGCCGGUCGACUAUGUGUUGUACCCCUUUACCGAAUUAGGUUAUACAUACAUCUACCGUUUUCUCUUAAGAGACAUCCCCGACCUACCCCGCGCCGUAUAGCUAUCCGGAUAUAGUCCACCUCAUCGUCAGGCGUCGAGCAUGCCAUGCGCACUUAACGGGGAGGUAAUCGCGUUGCACACCUGGCGCAACAUGCAUCCUUCCACGCCCUUGCCGCAGCAGCAGCUCGACCGCCUCGCCAGGGAUAUCGAACUGGCCGCAUUCGAUGAGGAAUCUGUCGCAAUUAUGGCAGUUAUCGACGAGAGCACGACGACGGAGGCGGUGGACGAGGAGGAGGAGGAGGAGGGGGAGGAGGAGGGAGAGGAAGAGGAGGAAGACGAGGACCAGGAGGACGACGACGACGACGACGACGAAAACGAGGACGAGGACGAGGGCGAGGAGGAGGAGGAAGAGGAGAAGGGAAGAGAACGUGACGGUAGCGUCGGUGAAGGUGGUGCCGUUCGCCGAAUUCUGGUGUCCAGCGACGAGGAGUACCGGAAGCGUGGCGUUCGCGCAGACAGGGAGAGGACAAGAGAUAGUCCGUCAGACAUGAACGUUACUCCGACGGUGGAGUUACUCGGCAAUGACAGCGUCUCUACCAACGGUCUCGACUGUGGCGGUGAGCCCAUUCAAUAUACGUUUUGGGAGCGUGCAGUUAUAAUACUUCUCGCCGUCAUCCUCAGUCUCGCCACGGUCAUCGGCAACAUUAUGGUUAUGAUAUCGUUCAAGAUUGACAAGCAACUGCAAACGAUCUCCAACUAUUUCCUCUUCAGCCUGGCGGUGGCCGACUUCGCGAUCGGCCUAAUCUCCAUGCCCCUCUUUACGCUGUACACGGUGCUCGGUUACUGGCCGCUCGGACCGCACGUGUGCGACACGUGGCUCGCACUUGACUAUCUCGCGAGCAAUGCAUCGGUCCUUAAUCUUCUUAUAAUCAGCUUUGAUAGGUACUUUUCUGUCACGCGCCCGCUUACCUAUCGGGCCAAGAGGACCACAACCAAAGCGGCCAUCAUGAUCGGGUCCGCUUGGGGUAUAUCGCUGCUUCUUUGGCCACCAUGGAUCUACGCGUGGCCGUACAUCGAGGGUACAAGGACCGUGCCGGAAAACGCAUGCUACAUCCAAUUCAUCGAGACUAACCACUACAUCACCUUUGGCACCGCCAUCGCCGCGUUUUAUGUUCCUGUCCUUAUAAUGUGUGUUCUUUACUUCCGGAUUUGGAGGGAGACGGAGAAACGUAAGAAGGAGCUGCCAAACUUACAGGCCGGCAAACAAGAUGCGAGCAAGCGCAGCAACUCGAGCGACGAGGGUUUAGACCUGGAGGAGAGCAGAAGACAGCGAAGCGAGUCGAGCACCGCCGACGAUGUUUCGCACGCCACGCACAUCGCCGUUUCCUACAUUGAUAAGCACUACCCGGAAUACAAGAGCCACAGGCCGUUUUCCUGGACCUGGCUGAAGAUGUGGUGCAUCGCGUGGUGGCACAGCGGUCGAGAGGACGAGGACGACGACGAGGAGAUCGCCGGGGCGGAAAGCAGCCGCACCGGGGUCGCCUACGAGGACACGCUCACGCCCCUGUCGGCCGAGACGCCGCUUCCCAGCACGGUAUCACGGUGUCCUUCCCUCAGCGCGAUACAGGCCACGGGGAUCGUUCUGGACAAGGCCGUGUUGCAGCACGAGUACAAAAGGCCGACGCGACCGGUCGACCUCAAGACUAUCUCCAGCGAUUCCGUUUAUACGAUUCUGAUCAAAUUGCCGAGCAACGGCGAAAAAUUCAGCGAGGGGACGAGUAUAAAGAUGAUCCAUGACGAGUCCGUGUCGAUUCAGUUGCACAGCAUGAUGGAAGAUAGCGACGACGGUGGUGGUGGAGGCGGCGGCGGCAGCGGCGUCGGUGCCAGCAAAUUCUUCCGUCUCGGUGGCGGUUCCGUGUCGAGUCCGGCCUCCUCGACGGUGACGAGAAGGUCGUCGCAGAUGCCGGACAUCAGGAUACCGCUGAACGCGAAGAACAUACCGAAGGCACUGACGGGCAAGGGCAUCCUGAACAAGCAGCCCAACAAGAAGAAAAAGUGCCAAAAGGCCGGAGAAGGCCGCGAUAAGAAGGCCGCGAAAACGCUGACGGCCAUCCUGUUUGCGUUCGUCUUCACGUGGACCCCGUAUAACGUCCUGGUACUCAUCAAGUCCAUCUCUGCCUGCACUUUGCACAUACCCCAGAGGCUAUGGGACCUCUUUUAUUACCUUUGCUACAUCAACAGUACUGCGAACCCAGUGUUGUACGCUUUAUGCAACGCGGCUUUCCGCAGGACCUACGUGAGGAUUGUAAAAUGCAAGUGGCGCAGCAGGAACCGCGGCACCGCGAUGGGAUGACAUCAGUAAUCGGACGAUGCGCGUUUCGUCCUUUUUGCAUCGGGGAGAGGGGACAGCCCCCUCCUCGCGGUUCCUGCUCGAUAUCAGCACAUCACAGAAUUGGGAGUCAACGACCACGCGCGCGCGCACGUGUGCACACACACAUACAUGCAUACACCGAAGCAACGCUGUAUUAUUAUUACGAUUAUUAUUAUUGUCAUUGUUGUUAUGUUGCCGUUUACUUUUCCUCCGUUUUACGCGUUUCUCAGAGCGCACGAAAAAGCGGAAACGAGGAGACCGACGACUGCCGCGAACGAGUUUGGCAUUCGGCGACUGCCAAACCACCCUGUUCCUAACGAUAACGCUCGUUGUUACGGGUACAUCCGGUUGUUUGGGCCGCGCAUCGAGCCCACCCUCCGGACCGUCGGACCGCACGCGACGUCUAAUAUCCGAUCGACCAGGAGAAGAAAGGCUAGCGAAUUUUCUUCCGAACGAUUCUCUACUGAAUCGCCACGGAACAAGAGAUUAACCCCUCGACGACCGCGUUGUUCCCGCGCGUCGACCGAUCGCGCGCAUUUUUCAGUGGAAAUUCUAUUAAUCGUCAGUAAUUACAUGGAUAACUCGGUUAUCCCCCGACGUGACGUCGGAGUUUAACGCUCUCUCGAACGUAAUUGUAUAACUCCAUAAUUACAUUGGUAUCCAUGAAUGCGUAAAAAGAAUUAAUCACGAACUAAUAUAUCCUUGUCGGGGGGUUAACGAUAUAUGACGCCGAGCGAUGUGAACGAGCCUUCCUCCUCGUGUAAGAGCGUAGGGACGGUUUUGUUUGUUCAUAAUAUUCCCGGAUAAUUUCUCGAAUUUCCUACGGCACUGAUAUCGAUCGUCUAUAUCAAGGCGCGUGAAUAUUUAAUGAGGCAGUGGUUCUUAAGCUUUUUUGAGUCGCGGACUCUUGGGGAAACCGGGGGUUCUCAGUUUGAUUAUUAUUUCGAAAUCUCGACAGCUGGAAUCUUUUCACUCUAAAAAAUUGAUGUGGGUGACAGGGGUGACGGUAUUGCGUCGGAGAAUUGGGAAAUUGAGGGAGAAAAUCGAGAGGAGGGAAAAGGAAAUGCGGGCUCGUUCGCGUCGCGCACGGGAAGCGCGUGCCGGCCGUCAGCGCACUAGUCAAAACGCACGCAGCUCCGGUCUCCGAGUUUCGCCGAGAAGUAACGCGAUGUGGAUACUGCCAUGAAUAUAACGUAUUAAUAUCUCUCCGAAUGUCGCGCGUACCUACGCGAGUUCGCGCGAGUUCGGAAUUAUAUUGCGUGUCCGGUGCCCCUCGGGAUCGAGGGGGGAACCGGUAUACCUUCCCUUCCUCCCGGUACGAUCGUCAUCGUCGUCGCCGUGACACCGGAAGCAUCCGGUUGCUCCCGGGAGCUUUUCUGCCGGAGGAUGGAGGAUGAAGGGAGCGGCGGCGAUGGCGAAUAGUAACGGGGAGAGUAGAUGAGGGGAGAAAAGCUAAGUCACAAGCACAAGAACCUAUUUAAGUAAAAAAAAUAUAUAUAUCGAAAGGAUAACGAUAAUCUUCUGUGCGUCGCGUAGAACCGCGACGGGCGAUGCAAACACUCGAUGUAAAUUUUACGAAGUAGCGAAGUGUAAAACUGUAAAUGAAUGUGUUUAAAUGUAAUAAUGGUGGGGGGGGCGGGAGGGGAAGGAGAUGGAAAAAGGGAGUUGGCCACGGGGGGCUGGCUGGGACGGCUAGCGGAGUAUGUGAAAAUAAUUAGCGAUUAGGGAAAACGAAAGAGAGAGAGGUAUAUAGGAAGAAGAGCGAGAGAUUUAAUGCUAAAUCGAAUUCUUCCGUAAAACUAAAAUACAUUCUAAUUAUAUGUGCCAAACAAAGCUUUAAAAGAUUAUACCAAGAUUAUACGACGUGAGAAUAAGAGAGAGACGAGGGCGGAGCGAAAAGGAGGAAUGUCGUAGCGCACUCUCGAUGCUGCUGAGAAACGAGAUACCGAUGAAAUAUAUAGUUAAUAAAAAAAAAUUAAAUAAAAUAACAAAUAAAAUAAGAGCACUGUGUCGAGCGAUACACGACUUUAGCGAUCGAAAGGCUCGUAAAGUAAUCAAAGUCAACCGUACGCGCGCCGACAUGCCUAUAGUGACCUCAAGACUGCGGAGCUCUUCAUUUUCAUCCCUUUGUGACUUCGUGUAAUUAAAUACCUCGCGCAUACCUUGAGUUUACAUACAGCCAGAAGAUGCAAUCUUUUACAUAAGUGUACUUUGAGUUCUUUCUUUCCUUUUUCAUGGGUCAUAUACGUAUUCACAUGAAUGUUAAAGUCGAUCUAAAUUGAGUCUCAGCUAAUUUCCACUUGCGGAAGUGCUCUUCGGAGAUUCCGGAAAGGGUUCUGAGGAUAGAUUCUCUAGUUUCUUUCGCGUAUCGUUCACUCGCCACUCGAAGCAAGAAACAUAAUCGCUGCUCGAAAGAAGAAGAACGAACAGCGACGUUCCUAUGUACGCGUCGGCACGCGUGCGUUUGUACCUUGUACAAAAUACCCACGCACACUAAACACGCACUCUCGUGCGAUCAGCAUACACAUAUAUACACGGUGCAGUGUCGCGGAUAGUAAUACGUACUCGCGAGGAUGCAUCUGCGGGUGCGAGGAGCCCGUCGAGAGUUCACGCGCCUCCUCUCGGUCUCUCGCGACGAUCGCGGAGAGAUCCGCGAGAUUCUCGGCUGGAUCCCGUACGGGUAGAUCGGCGAGGAAGGGACUCGACGACAGAGAGAGAGAGACCGUUGAUCACGAAACGAACCUAGGUACAUCGGAUGGACGCGACGGUAGUUAUACGUAUUGACAGCGUAUAAUUAACGAGUACAAUUAAUCAAUGAUUUCGAUCUAUUAUUCGGGUACUUUUGAUACGAGGAUUCGCGCUGAUUUGGAGGCCGUUACGCGAGCGAUUAUACUGGAUAUAAGCUGUAAACACGAUUUCCGUUUCCCGGAAGGUGCGAUAAAAGCGACUUCGAGCUGUUUUAUAACGAAUUUUAAAGCAUACUUUCUCUCAAUAGAUGUGUUAAAGAAUUUCAGGAUCUCCCGAUAACAAUUAAGGUAUUAUAAGCAUAUAAUUAUUACUGUUGGUGUCGUAAGUCUUUAGUGAAAGAGGCAAUGCGGAGUGUCACACGUGAGGAAACAAAUACGUAAUAAAAAAAAAUAAUAAUAAAAUUAAAAAAAAAGAUAAACGUACAUCUGUGUAUAAUCUCUCGCGUUUUCAGGCAUUUUUGAACGCCGCCGAACAUACGGGGGAAGGGAAUAACGUAAGACUCGGUGAUAUUUUUUUACCUUUUAUAGUCGAUCUCGCGCGAUUCGAUCUCGCGUGACGAGACCUUUGACGAAUCGCGUCGAUACCUAAAAUGCGACGGUAAACGCGAAUGAGAUGAGUGAUAUAAGAACAUAACUGACGUUCGACGUUUUCGUUGCGCUUGUAUUUUCUUCGCGACGCAAGAGACGUCGCAAACGCGGAAACAAAUUUCGAAGCGAGAACUUGAGGCUUAUAGCACUUUUUGUCGAAUUCGCGAUUCCGCGAGCAUGAGCACUGAAACGGGGAGAAGCUCAAGACUUUCGAGAAACCGCGUUUCUGGGGAGAUUGUGGUGAUUUGCGAGAGGAUCGAUGACGUUUCAAAGUCUUCGAAACUUCGCGCUUCGAUAUUUCGGCGCAGAACAGAAUCGGGAUCCAAAUCGGAAUUUAGUCUGAAAUGUAUCAGGGAGACUGCGUAUAGAUUUUUAAGAAAAAAAAGGAGACCAUGUCAAAUAGUGGAAAUUUAUUCAAAAAAGACGAACGGCACAGAGGGGUCGAUUGUGUCGCAGAAUUCGUUUCGCUUUCUCGAUCCAAAACAAAAUUUAAAAAAUUGUGUAUUGUAUUUGUCUGAAAGUAAACGUUAUAAUGUGUGAGAUUAUUAAUGUGGCAAUUAUGUAUGUGGCAAGAACACUUGCGGUAUUUUAAAUAGAGGAACGAGCGUACGCGGCUGUCCGCUGUACAAAAAUUUGCGUUCUUGCGGAAAGGAGUGUCAGAAACAUCGCAACUUUGGGGAUAUAUUCUAGAACCUGUCGUCACACGUUGAAGCUCCAGCUCGAAAGAAAAACGUUAUACUCAGAGAUCCGUGAAAAGCAUUUUCCCCCAUGCUCUUACGCAAACACUUUAUUUAUUUAUUCCAGCACCGGAACAUAUCUUCAAAGUUCGGCUUCGCACUAUAGGAGAUACACUCUGCGGGAUAUAUUUAUUUCGAUAUUUAUUAUAAAAGAAUCCGUAAACGUAAGACGUAUAAUAACAAAGAGCGUGUUAGCCGCGAGAUUAAAAAUUGCGCGUGGACUCACGCGAUGGUCGACUUCUGGCCAGGGUGUUGGACCUCCGAUCGAGGGGUCGAUAUAACGUGGGAUAAUAAUGCUAAAAUAACGACUGGACGAAAUCCGAUUGAAAGCUGCUGCUACUGCUAUGUAAACGAUUAACUGCCUCUCUUUAUUUACCUGUUUCCUUUGUAGUACAUCACGUCGAGACGUAAUGUAACGCGCGACGUGCACGUUGCGCGCCGAAAAAGAAAAAAAAAGGGAAACACUCUCCUUCGUCGAAUGCGUUGAAAUGUACAAAGCGAAUAUAUUUCAUCGUGUGUUAAACGUAAGAUUUAGGUAUUUUCAAAGGAAAUCUCAAACAUAUAUAGCGCAUGUACCUGGGUACCCUCUUACGACACUGCACACUCAUACAUAGUUAUAUAUAUAUAUAUAAAUAUAUAUAAUAUAUGUAAUAUAUAUAUUAUAUAUAUAAUAUGCACAAUAUUAUAUAUGUAAUAUAUAUAAUAUAAAUAUAUAUACACUUGGAAUAUACGCGUACGAUGCGUGCUAUUUAUCUCAAAACGAAUGUUCUCGCAUAAAAAAGCGUAUACCGGAGAUAAACGAAAUGAUGUACGACUUUUUUUAAUCGUAGAUUAUUGUAAACACCGAUGUAAUCAGUCUAUGUUUAUAUACGUGUUUUAUAUUAAUGAAGAAUUUACGAUUCGAGAGUAACGUAAGACGCCAAAGAGACAGAGACGUUGAAGAUAAAAAGAGGAAAAAAAAAGAAAAAAGAGAGAGAGGGAAAAGACGAACGAGCGUGUAGAAAAUUGUGUAACGCGAUACCGAUAGAAUUUGGAAGAAUAUACUCCGUUGUCUGUGA